UUUUGUAUUCUUGUGAAAUUAAACCUUUUUUUCUUCCCGGUUCUGGGUUUAUGUCCCCCCUGGGGGACCUCCGGGGGUCCGUGGACCCGCUCCGACUCUGCCUGUCCCCCCUGCGCCAGACAUUCCUGUACAGCAGCCAGAGAGCAGCGGGGCUCCUCCCCUUCACUCACAGACCCGGAGCACGUAGCAACAACCGAGCCAAUGUGCUCCGCCGCGAUCCGUCCUGCCGACCGCGGUGCCUGGCAACAGCAAAAAAAAAAGACGUGAUGACGUCCUCCCCAGAUUGCGUAUUAUGGGAUGUGCGGAAUUAAACAACCCGAAGAGGACACGGGGAAGCCAAAAAUAAUAAAAGCGACAGAAAUAAACGAGGUGCAUGGUGGAUCAUGGAGCUCUCGGCUGUUGGUGAGAGCGUCUUCGCAGCCGAGUCCAUCAUUAAACGGCGGAUCCGACGGGGUUGCUGGGAAUAUCUCGUGAAAUGGAAGGGCUGGUCUCAGAAGUACAGCACCUGGGAGCCGGAGGAAAACAUUCUGGACGCGCGGCUCUUCGCUGCCUUCGAGGAGAGGGAGCGUGAAAGGGAGCUGUUCGGGCCGAAGAAGAGGGGACCCAAACCGGAGACGUUUCUGUUGAAGGCCAAAGCCAAAGAAAAGACGUAUGAAUUUAGAAGAGAGGCUCCCAGGGGGAUCCAGGUUUCCUAUCCGGUCCCGGAGCCUGUCAUAACACCGAGGGCCCGGGAGGGUUUACGCGCCGUGGUUCCCACAAUCUUCCCACCGAGCGCGGUCAACAGAGGGGAAAGCGUCCACGUCCGACCUCCGGAGCCAGAAAGGAGGCCCAGACCUCCUCCUCCACAGGCUCCUCUGACGAGCCAAGAAAGCGCCAGGUUGCCCAAAAAGAGAGGGCGCAAACCGAAGCUGCACGCGCAUUAUGAUAAAGAUGAUCCAGGCGGUUUGGCGGAACCGGACGCCAAACGGAGCAGGUCUUUGGAGGAGCACGGCUUGCCCAGACGCCUGCCUUAUCACGGGGAGACGUCAGACCGGAGCCUCCUGCAGCUGACCAGGAGGUUCCAGCAGGAGACCACGAUAACACCCAGCGUGCAGCAGAGACACGCGGGACUGUCUUACAGCUGCGCGUUCAGUCCAAACGUGCGUAAAAGUCAAAAUGCGCACAGGACUAAAUGCUUGCUGUCUGUCCCGCGGCCCUGCAGCUCCGCGCAGCACCGGAGACACGAGGACAUGUCCACGCAGUCCAUCCACGAGCAGUCCACGCCGCCCCCGGCCUCCUCCUGGACCCCCAAGUUCACCAACCUGGACACGGUGACCGUGACUGACGUCACCAUGAACUUGCUGACGGUGACGGUGAGGGAGAGCAGCACGGAGAAAGGUUUCUUCAGAGGGAAGAGAUGAGCGCGAGGAGGCUCCUGUAAAUAACUAACACGCUACUAACUAACAAGCCCACGUGGCAAUACUAUAUUUUUUCUAUGUAACUUUCAAACAAACGUGUACAUACAAAUAUUUAAUACGCUGCUGAGGAAAUAAAAAAUGAAAGUGG